GCCGUCGACUGGGGAGCCGCAGCGGUCAAUUUGCCGCUGUCCUCACAGCAGGGAUGAUGCACUCUUUGAAUGAAUGGUUAUGGUGGCAUGAGUACUGGCUUCCCCCAGGAAUCACCUGGGAAGACAUGAAGGAAUCUGAGGACAUCCAUUACCCUCAGCCUCAAGAUCUCCUGCUCAGCAUCCCCUGUACCCUGCUCUUGAUUAUUAUCCGGUACCUCUUUGAAAGAUUCAUAGCCCGGCCCCUGGGCAGAAAGCUGGGUUUGAGGGACAAGGUGAGAUUGAACGCUCCACCCAGUCCUGUGCUGGAAACCUUCUACGCUACUCACAGCAAGGAUCCAAAGAAGGGGGAGCUGAUCAGCUUAUCCAAGCAGUGUGACUUGCCCACGAGAAAGGUGGAGAGGUGGUUCCGAUACCGGCGGAACCAGGACAAACCCAGCUUGACUACAAAAUUUUGUGAGGCCAGCUGGAGGUUUACAUUUUACUUCAUUUCUUUCUUCACUGGACUUGCUGUCCUGUAUGAUAAGCCCUGGUUUUGGGACCAUAGAAAAUGCUGGGUGGGGUAUCCACAGCAGCCCUUACUGCCCUCGGUGUUCUGGUACUACAUGCUGGAACUCUCCUUCUAUUCCUCGCUGGUCUGCACGCUGCCCUUUGAUGUGAAAAGGAAGGACCUUAGUCAGCAGAUUGUCCACCAUGCAGCUACCAUCUUCCUGAUCUGUUUCUCCUACUGUGCCAAUUACCUCCGCAUUGGGACACUGGUGAUGGUGAUCCAUGAUGCUUCAGACUGUAUCCUAGAGCCAACCAAGAUAUUCAAUUACAUGAAGUGGAGACGAAUUUGUGAUGGGCUCUUCAUCAUCUUCUCAGCUGUUUUCCUCAUCACCCGUCUGCUUAUUUUCCCCUACAAGGUGCUCUACAAUACGUACUACUACUCCAUGGAGCUCUACCAGCCCUUCUUCGGGUACUAUUUCAUGAAUGCUCUCCUGAUGAUUCUGCAGCUGCUGCACGUCUUCUGGUCCUGUCUAAUCAUUCACAUGGUCUACAGAUUCAUCCUGUGUGGCACGAUGGAAAGGGACUUGAGAAGUGACACAGAAGAAAGUGACAUGGCUGAAGAGGAGAGAGAACAAAUGAGGGAGAAAGAGAAAAAUGGGACCAUGCAUUUCAGCAACAUCACAAACAACAAUUGCAUCCGGAAUAGCGGGGUCCAGCAGCUAAACAGCAGAGCCCAUCUCAGCAACGGCCAUGCCAAAGACAGAUAGCCUGGGCCAGGCCUGCUGACUGAUCCAUCUAUACUGAACACACCUAGCGUCCCUAGGAAUUGUCUUACUUGUUGUGUAGACCAGGAGGGAAGCCAUUUUAAUUUCAUAGCUGAAUUCCUGCUUCUGAUAACAGAAUUGUGUAUUAUCACUUAAUAUGUAAAGGAUGCGUCUGCUCUUUUCGCCAAUAGAAGCUUUGCACAGGUUGUAGCCUUGAAGGGAAUAAAGAGAGGGAUCAAACUGG